AUGCUCAAGGGGCUGUUCAAGGGCGAAGGAAAGAGGCUGUCGCACCACCGCCAGCGAGACUCGAAGAAUGAAAUAGCUACGAUCACACCCAAGCUGAUUAUUCGUGCGCUCUACGACUACAAGGCCCGCAACGCAGACGAGCUCGGCUUCUCCAAAGAGGACUUUCUGUAUGUGGUUGAUUUGGACGACCCAGAAUGGUACGUUGCCUGUAACCCAUUGACAAACUCUAGUGGGCUGGUACCUAUAUCAUAUUUCGAGGUCAUCCAACGGCCUGAACACAUUCCUACCCGUCCCAUCACUGAGGCGCUUCACGACCAGAUCAUGGGCUCUGGCCACACCCGGAACGAUAGCGGUCUUUCUGAUUCUCGAAUGUCCAGAGGCACAUCCAGAGGCAGCAAACAGUCCUUCACAACCCAUAACACUUUCAGCCCAGGUGCCAGUAUACCUGAGGCGCCAGCGGGUAUCCAUGGCACUGGUCCUGAAAUUAUUGGUGCCCCGCCCCAGAAUAACCACGCUGCCGACUUUGGAUUCAACCAGCCGCAUAGCCGGACCAGCUCAGCAAUCUAUGGCGUUGUGCUCUACGAUUUUACGGCAGAAAGAGCCGACGAGCUGGAGGCCCAGUCAGGCGAGUCAAUUGUGAUUAUUGCCCAGAGUAACGAAGAGUGGUUUGUGGCCAAGCCAAUUGGUAGGUUGGGUGGCCCGGGUCUUAUUCCUGUUUCGUAUGUUCAGUUACGGGAGGUCGGAACCGACGAGGUGGUUACUGAUGUGGCGGAUGCUAUUCGGCGCGCUGGCGUGCCGCAAGUUGAAGAAUGGAAGCGAAGAGCCGCCGAAUACAAGGCUUCUAGUAUUCCUCUUGGUCGGUUCGAGCAAGGCGCUGGUGGGGGCCGCGGUCCCUACGCCCAGGCAAUGACCGAGUACCCUGCGCGGUCAAUUUCUAACGGCUCCCGCUCGCGGGCCACUUCAACAAACAUAGGCGAUAUGCGCCACGACUCUUCUCGAUUGAGCAAUAUGGUCCGCACGUCGAUCACAGCAAGCUAUGCUCCGCCCACUAGUCAACCUGGUGUUUACGUAGUACGGGCAGGUGUCGAGCGGUUCGCCAUGACGGGGGGCAGGUACUGGUACCUGGUUGUUGCCGAAAUGUCGAAUGGUAUGUUCCGCAACCUGUGCCGGUAUUACCAAGAUUUUUAUGACUUCCAAAUCAAGCUGCUGGAGGAAUUCCCUGAAGAGUCUGGCCGCACUGGCGGGACCCGCACUUUACCGUUUAUGCCUGGUCCUCUGACCGUGGUCACUCACUCGAUUUCGUCACGACGAAGAGCUAAUUUGGACGAGUACGUUCGCAAUCUUAUUCGUAUGCCUCCGCAUAUCUCACGCUCGCCCCUGAUCCAACAGCUCUUUGCUCUUCGCGAGGGCGAUAUCGAAAGCGACACCCGCACCUCCCAGAUGCCCCACCCGCCAACUACUCGCGGAGACAGUACCGAAAUGGUUGUAGACGCUGGUCCGGAUACGACCUUUGAGAAUGACACACCCACUACCGCGUCUGCUCAGCAGAGCUCGACGGAUGUGUCCCCCACGGCCACGGCCACGAGCCCGCAGCGGCCGCAGAGUGCAGGUCUAUCUGGCGAACACGUCAAGAUCAAAGUGUUUCAUGGCGAUGAGCUUGUUGCGAUUCGGAUCCCCGCCGGCUUGCCGUUCGAAAAAGUUUAUCAGAAAAUCGAGGAACGCAUUGGGUUUGCUAAACCGCAGCUCCAUGCCCGCCAAGAUUUCAGUGAUUACCCUAUAAAUACAGAUGCCGAUUUCCAGCGGGCCCUGCAGGGCAAAAAGAAGAUUGUUAUGUUUGCCCGGGCCGAGGAUAGCACCUUUUAA